AUGGAUGAAUGCUUGCCCAAUUCAUGUCUACUAGGUGUUCACCUCGUCAUUUCAACGCAUUCGGGGCCACAAAUAGUUUAUCACUAUCCACCCUCCAAUACGGCAUUUCUAACAAAUAAUCCAACGAAGCACCAGCACCUCUAUGGAAACCAUGCAACAUUGGAAAAAAACACAAAUACAAAAAAAGAAGACAACCUGUUUCAUUCUGGCUCUGCGAAAACAGCUUCUCAAAUUGCCCUGAAUGACUCAGUAAAAAAUUGUAAUACCGCUAUUACGCCGUCUAUGACAAAUGCUAAUACUAAUAGUGGGAUAUUACCUUCAACUAGAUCACAUGCUAAUACUGUAGGAUCACAAAGCUCAAUUCCUACGGUUAGUAAUGGCGUAAGUUAUAGAGAAACCGAUAUCGAGAACAACCCUCGGACUUUCCAAUACCCAGAACCCGAAUCUGAGACAUCAUCAUCAGGAUUAAGUGAUAGCGAAUUAUCUACGGACUACUUAGAUAUUUCAAGCGAUUCGUUUUCCAUAUCUUCUUCCUUAUCGUCGCCUUCUUUAUCUUCUUCUCCUUCAAGUUCAUCCUCAUCCUCCCCUCUACAAGAUGGCUUAUCAAGGACUAAUUCGAGUUUUCAAUCUAUCGAUUCAAUGUCUCCGACUUCUCCACAGAUGACGAGGGAAAACGAUAGCAUCUCAGUAGCGGAAUCAUACCUAGAUUCCGCAACGAACAAUAAAUCAAAGACUACUUCCAAGAGAUCUCAGAAUUUUUUCCAUAAGCUGAGUACCAAGAAGAGCGCUGAUUCCAAGACGCAUUCUCCAAUAAGAAAACUCAAAUCCAAACCAUCACAGAGCACCAACAAAGGUAAUAAGCUGUUAAAAAAUAUAUCUAACGAGACUGAUGGAAAUGAUUUUACGGGGAGUUGUUCAGUUUCCUCCAAAAAAUCUGUUUCUAGCACGGGAGAGCAUAACCAAGAUUUUCGUAAUAAUAGCCUCAAUGAUACUCCUGGUCAGUCACCACACCAUUAUCACCAUCGUUAUCAUCAUUAUCAUAAAGCUGCCGCGAACAGCCAACGAAAUUCCCAUACACAAUACGAUGUUGAAGAAGACAUAGAGGUUUCAGCAAUGUUGCAAGAUGGUAAAAUUUCUAUGAAUGAAAUAUUUUUUGAAGAGGAAAACUUCCAAGAUAUAAAUAAAAUUUUAGAAUUUGAUAAUGAUUUUGUUGCAGAAUUUUGUAGUCCUGAGAGGGAAAUGUGCAAUACUAGAUUCGAAUUCACGGUGGAUAAUUUUUGCUUCCUAGGCUUGCCGAUCCAUGUAGAUUCUCAAGGAAGAUGGAGAAAAUCCAAGCAUAAAAAUAAAACCCGUUCUAAAAGAUCUUCGAGCACCACAACAAACAUUAGUAGAAAGAAAUCUGUUGCUUCCAAGAUUUCUUCACUAAGUGAGAACACUUUGAAGAAAGUUAAUAGUGGUGAAGCUGAGACUGGUUACGAUAAUAAUGCUGGUCAUGAAACUUAUACUGAUACGCCGAAUUUGAGGAUAAAUACUGACAUCAAUGGAACCGAGUUUGAGAGAGAAAAGGAAGACUUGGGCAAAAAUAUGAACAUGUUUCAUGUAUGCUUUGUUAUGAAUCCGCAUUUAAUUGAAUAUAACAAAAGGAUUGAUGAUAUGUAUCAGUUUGUUGUUACAAGAUUAUCGUUAUUGUUAAGAUAUGUGCAGUCAAAAACUUCAUAUAUUUCUAGCGAAUGCCAUAUAAUUUUGAAGGAAAAAGAACGAGUACUGAAACAUUCGAAAACAUACCGAUCCAUAAGAGGUGCGGGAAAUAAGGGGAAGUACUUGUAUCAAAGAAUUUUAUCCAAAUCUUCGUUGGCUAGAGCGCUGACAGAAUGUGUUGAUAAAAUCCAACGAAAUGAAAUCGCAUGUCUUGAAAUCAAUGACGAUAAAGUAAUUUCCUUGCAAAUUCCGAUCCAGAACGAGUUUGAAAAAAUGCCAAACUUUAAACUACAACCUGUGUUAAAGGGCUCAUAUUUGACAUCCAUUUUGAACAUGAAAUUUCUAGAAAAAUCAUCGUUGAGAAUUGAAGGUCAAAAUCGUCAAAAUAAUCAGGCUCAGCUCAGUGAUACUAACAACAAUAUAUACAGGUUCGGCAAUAAUAUUAAUAGCACUGGUCACUGUGGAGCGGCAAAUGUUGAUGACGGGGAUGAGAAUGAAAGCAAUUACUACUGUGACGAUAAUGAUGAUCUUUUGAACUACGCUCUGUUAUUGUUAGACGAGCCAAAUAAUAUUAUUAGCUCCCUCGAAACCUUUUCAUACCAGGACGAUAUUGGUACUCUCAUAUUGAAACAUUUAGUGAGAAAUAUCCAGCCAAAUAUCCCGCUAAGGUCGUAUCGCUAUCUGAUAAGUGAGUUAUUAGAUAACCCUUCUUCACAGGACGUCCUUACUUCAGAGACAAACUCAUUGGAAUCUAGCAUUCUUCGCUCUUGCGCAUUGCAUUUAAUGUAUUGGAGACAUGCAAGAAUAGUGAUCCCACUAAGCUCCAAAUACACGUAUUUUGUUUCGCCAUUGGCUCCUAUUCAAGGUUAUACAAUAGACGAUUUUAAAAGUACUUCACAGAAUGAUGCAAACGUGAAAACAAUGGAGAAUUGUGGAGAUAACAAGGACCAAGGUGACAGGAUACCGCUAAUUUAUCAAAAUUCAAUAUUGUUCAGAUCCAAAUUCCCAUCAUUGCCCACUUUACCCAUUUUUUUGAGUUUGUUAUCUGCGGAUAAACCUCAGGCAUACAGUAACAUAAUUCCAUCAAGGGAGCAUAAACCAGUUUAUCUUAACGCGUUGGCGUGGUUGAUACGGUACGGAUAUGUAACGCAGUUACUAACUUUCGUACAUAUUCGAGUGGACAAACAUAUAAAAAUGGCAGUGGAUGAGGACCUAGAGAAGGAGGGAUUCCGUAAGGCUAAUACUGCUGGAAGGCCUAGCAUGGACUACAAAAAGACAGAUAAAAAAUUGGAUGACGAAGAUGGGCAAAAUAGAGAUGCAAACGCCAACGAAGCGUGUUUGGGGAAGAAAGAAGGCAGGCAGUCCAACGACAACAACAACAAAGAUGUGAACGAAAAUGAUAACGAAAAUGAUAGUCGUGCUGACGAUCGUAAUGAUAAUGAAAUAGCUAUUGCCGAUGAAGAGGAAAUACUACACUUCGAAUACGAUGAUCCGGAGAUGCAACAUGACUAUACUAUAAUUUUGGAACCUGAAAGAGCCACCGCCAUUGAAAAAAGGUGGCUCUACAGAUGUAUUUAUGGUCAGCCUUCAGAUAUCCAGAUUCUUUUUAACAAGUUACUCAAGUAUUUCAAUGGGAAGGUUCCCAUGGAGCUAGUUAUCAUUAAGGAGGAAAUCAGUAGGCAUGACUUAAAGAGAUUGCUCAAUGCUCUAGAUAAAUAUUUAAUCGAGAUACACCAUUGGUAA